CCCCUCUAUUUGUAGCAGCUAGGUAGAGGAGCUUAGGUGUGCUCAUAUCAGAAAUCUCCUAAAAAAAAUCACAAUCUAGUUCUACCUAUACAAAAUAAAAGACACACACAUAUAUAUAACUAAUCAAAUACAUAAUUUCUAUAUUGAGGUCAGGGAUCAAGUAAUGAUAAUGUGUAAUGAACACACGAUGUAGUAAAGGGCUACAUAGUAUGAGGUUUUUGUUGAGGAGGGGGUGCUCCGUUUCAGACGUCUAUGUAAUAAGAUUAGCAGUCUAAUCUGGGAGGAGUCAGGAAGGCCCCCCCACCGCCCGACCUGACGAGAGAGAGCAGAGGAAUCUGUUAAUUAAAAAGGACACAAUCUUUGUUACUUUUCAACAUGAUGCAGUUGUUAAUUUAUUCCCACACUUCAGUUGCAAUCCUGGUGUGAUAGAUGGCUUAUUUUUCCACAAAUGUGCACACGUGAUUCACCGGAUUCUUGUGUGGCCCCGCCUCACUACGCGAAGAUAAUCUGAGACGAAUCAAAUCAAGCAAGGCCACGGGAUUGACUUUCCACAGAGAUAGAGAGGCUGAGACAGCGUCAGACCUGAGGAGAUUGAUGUCCAGGUUCUUGGAAGCAAUAGAUGUGAAUUAUUUGUGUUCUGAGAUGGUGGCUAAAAGCAUCUCAUAUCAACUACUCAAAGCUCUGCUAUGACUAUCAACCUGAGAGACAGUUCACAUGGCGUCACAAGAAACAACAAGAGGGGGAUUUCUGAUGGACUACAUCAGAGCCCCCAGAGCAAAAUACACAAUAGUAGGAGAAGCAAUUCGUCAUGUCGUCCCUGGACAUAUGCAAUGUUCUAUUGGCUGCGGAGGUCCAGCCUGCAAGUAUGACAACCCGAGUUACUGGAGCGAUGACCAGCAGGCGAUAAAAGGCCUCUACUCAUCCUGGAUUACUGACCAUCUUCUGGCAAUGUCAAGACCUUCAACAGAAAUCAUUAAAAAGUAUAACAUUAUUGAUCAGUUCAAAAGGAAUGGCAUCAAAACAGUGGUCAACCUACAGUUCCCUGGUGAACAUGCUAGCUGUGGAAAUCCACUUGAGCCAGAGAGUGGCUUUUCAUAUCUCCCAGAGGUCUUCAUGGAAAAUAACAUUUACUUUUACAAUUAUGCCUGGAGCGACUAUGGCGUGGCCAACCUCACCACUGUGCUGGACAUGGUGAAAGUCAUGUCCUUUGCACUGCAAGAAGGGAAGAUAGCAGUCCACUGCCACGCUGGUCUCGGCAGAACAGGUGUGCUGUUAGCAUGUUUUUUGGCCUAUGCUACCAAAAUGACUGCUAACCAGGCUAUUUUAUAUGUGCGUGCCAAACGCCCCAAUUCUAUCCAGACCAGAGGCCAACUGCGUUGUGUCAGAGAGUUUGUUCAGUUCCUUGCCCCUUUAAGGAGUGUGUUUUCUUGUGCUGCGCCCCACACCAACCCUGUUAACCUGUCACAGUACCUAAACCGUCAGAGACACAUACUGCAUGGUUAUGAGAGGAAAGAGCUAAGACACCUACCAAAGAUCAUUCAGCUGGUGUCUAGGCUGCUGGUAGACAUCGCAGAGAAUCGAGAGGUGAUUGAGGAAGAUAUUCUGGAGGCGCCUGAUAUUCAAGACAUAGAAAUGACUCUCAGCAUUAUUGAAACCAUGGACCCACAGGUACUUGCAAAGGAGCACCGCUUGCCGGGUACACCCACCUUACCCAGACAUUUUAACGAGCCACCCAUCUUCUACCACCGCAAAAGUCUGAGCUACAGCGAGUCAGACUUGAGAAGGCUGGGCUCACAGCUGAACCUCCUCACCGAGCCUCUAAGCACCCUUUCACAAAGUCACACUGAAACGACAAAUAAGUCCUCUUCCAAGUGCAAUAGCACCGUGUCUGUGGCCUCUCACGGCUCGACAGGUUCACUCUGGCAAGUCAAGAAUGCGGAAAAUCAAAAAGAUGGAUCCAUUGUGAUGCAGAAGGUGAAGAAGAAAAAAAUCCAACGUAGCGAGUCAUGGGGAAACAAUGAACCUACCAAAAAGGGUAGCAUGCUGUCCAGGUGGAAGGCAGAGCUGAGGGAGGAGCUAGCAAUCAAUGGGAAGAAGUCCCAAGGUAGAGAAGAGGAGCAUUCAGAAGUGCCCUUUAUCACCCUGCAAUCAGAGUUAUCCCUGGAGUCAAGGAGGAUGCUGGUGGCUCAGGCCCUCGCAGUUGACCUUUUUCUUGAUGGAGAAGAAGACCACAAGACCAGAGUUUUGGCCUGGCAGGCUGAGCUGAACCAAGGUGGUGCAUGGGAAAGGCUGUGCAUGGAGCGGGAUCCUUUCGUCCUGAGUGGACUCAUGUGGGCGUGGCUCGAGCAGCUUAAAGAUCCGGUCAUCUCCCUCCAGGAUGCCAAAGCCCUGAACCCUCACAAUACUGAUACUGAAACUGUGCUCAACUCACUCGACCAGGCCCCUAAGGAAACAUUGAAAUGCGUACUAAACUGCAUGGCUCAUAUGCUGAUGAUACCAGAGCAGGUUGAAAAUGCUUUCAUGUAUCGUACUAUCAAGGCUUUCACCAGGAUAAAUAUUAACUCAGAAGAAGGGAGCAGAGUGUACGAGUCCAUGACUACAGUCCUAAGGUGUGUCCUGGAGGACAUGAGAAACAAGGCCAUUGAAACAGAUGAGACACCCCAGUGACCUUUCCUUUAACAUCUAUAUGCAGUACAGUGGAUGUGGAAAAAUAAAUUCAUGCUUUUGUGCCUUGGUGUAAAAUAUAUAAAUAUAUACAAUUUGUCACAGUAGACUUAUUAUAAACCUUCAUAUGUAAUUUAUUGUCACUAACACUGUCCAUAACUAAUUUAUCUCAGUAUUAUUUUCAACAACUGACCAGAAUUUUAUUAUUAAGCCCGGUGCCUUAAACCUGGUCACAUUCAGCACUCAUAUGCCUCAGAUCCAAAACAGUAGCUCUAGGACAUUUCAUGACAAUUUUAUUUCAUUACAUAACACAUUGUACACACAGUGUAUGCAACGCCUUUCCCGUACCAUAGUCUUUCUAUUGUGUGUUAUGUUUUUUGUAAUGCUGGUUCCACCAAAGAACAUCAUAAUAAUGUCGACAGUGUACUAUGGUUGGUUCACAGUAAAACUGCCCUUUCACUGGGUUGUGAGAGCUGCAUGUGAGGCUGUGAUCCUCUGGGAGUUUACUAAUAAACCUCUUUCCCAUCCA